CAAAAGAAAAUAUGCAUGGCUACAGUGCGGAGAGCGAGAAGCAUCGGGCCCGACGGAUGUGAGGUGAGGCGCGAGCCGCGACCUUUGAAGGAAGAGAGGAAGUGCUUCGGUGUCGCCGAACCGGAGGAGAAGGGUCAGGAAAUGGAAGAUAAAGUGACUAGUCCAGAGAAAGCUGAAGAAGCAAAAUUAAAAGCAAGGUAUCCUCAUCUGGGACAAAAGCCUGGAGGUUCAGAUUUCUUAAGGAAACGAUUACAGAAAGGGCAAAAAUAUUUUGAUUCUGGGGAUUACAACAUGGCUAAAGCAAAAAUGAAGAACAAGCAGCUUCCUACUGCAGCUCCGGAUAAGACAGAGGUCACUGGUGACCACAUUCCCACUCCACAGGACCUUCCUCAACGGAAACCAUCCCUUGUUGCUAGCAAGCUGGCUGGCUGAUUAAAAGAGCUGAACUGCAUGAGUCUUCUAAUUCCCAUUAUUUCUCCUUAAUAUGUUACUUCUCUGCUUUUUAUUUCCUUUCAUUCACUAAGUCAUUUGAGAAUGACAGCUUUGCAGGUAGCGGUAGUGUGUGCUGCUAUUGUAAGGGAAUAUUCGUGUGUAGAGUUUUGAUUAGUUUUAACAGUGCACUGAUAAAGAGAACAUGUUAGAGCAACAUAAAGUAAUCUACUUGAAAAUAGUUGUAUAUAUUACCUAACUUCUAGUAUAGGACUGAUUGAACAAGUAACAAGCAAAUUUUACAAUUGUAAUCUUUUGGCUUUCUUUAAUUCAUCUUAAUUAUAGCUUUGUAUGUUACUCUUAUUUAAUAUAACCUUUAUUGUAUUGAUUUCUUCUGUAUUUUCCUUUUGGAUUUUGUAAAACAGAAGUUUAAGACCACAAGUUGGAAAGAAGGUCACAUUCUUCAAACAAAGAUAGAUGGGGUUUUGAAAGAUUUGUUUCUCUGUGCUUGAACUUGGAUGGCCUUAAACCUGUUUCAGCUUUAACAAUAGAUUUUACUUGGGCAAUAUUUGCCCAUUCUGGUGUAACUUAUGUGACUCUAGUGCUUAACAGCUGCUGUUGAAGCUAGUGUUCUUACUCAGUUCUGUAGUGUUUGAAUAUCCUUUGUUGAAGAUGUGAAUGAAGUGUGCAUGUGCAUCGACUGUUGAAUUCACUUUUGUGCCAUUUUUGUAAAUAUAAUAGUUUUGCACAACCUCUCACAAAUGUCUGUAUUAAUUUCACAUAUUAAAAAGUAGAUGAUGUGCCAACCAGAAGCACAAGAGUUCCUACACAAAACUCUGUAUGUCAUUAGAGCUUUUGUAUAGUAAGAGUAGUUUACAAUCUUGGGCUUAUAGAAUACCAAACAAAUCUUUGCUUAGUCUGUCAUAGACUUAAGCUUUUUCAUUUGUUAUUAAUAUCCAUGACAUUCAGUGGCCUUGUGCAGAUAGGAUAUGUUGCUUAGGCAUAUCUUUUGUCCUAUGCAGAACAUUUCAUUUUGACUUUUAUGAAAAUUGCAAUUCAUGUAAUUUAUAUAAACUUUUUUAAUGUAGAAACUUUUUACUUCCACAGUCAAUUUGGGGACACUAGAAUAAAAAGCUUCGAUACUCUGC